GUUUAAAUCAUUCAAAACGUGUACAUUAACGUCAGUGAGGUCUCUUGGAUCUUUCGAAAGUGCUAACGACACACUAACGUGGAAGUUAAGCUAACGGGAGCGGUCUUCGUUUUUUUGAAGGAAACGACACCAUAUUAACAAAAUGUCGGCGACGAGUAGUAAAACGCCGAUCAUGGCUGAAAGCUUGACCGGAAAUGUUGCGAGUAAUACGCAAAACCCAGCAUUGGCCAUGCCAAGUACAACAUUGAGGAUAGUGGCAACCAGUGAAGAUCUUAUUACUGAAACAAUCUCUGAGGUUCCCACAGAAUCAACAGCAGAAAGAAUUGAAACGAAGAUAGAAGAUGUUGGAAAAGAAAUCAGCGCAGCUACAGGGAUUCCAACAUGGGGAUUAGUUGCUAUUUUAAUUGCGGUUGCAGUGAUAGUCUUAGGUAUUUGCUUUUGCUGUAUAAGAAGAUGCUUCCGCAAACGUCGCUCCAAGGAUGGCAAAAAGGGAUUGAAGGGAGCAGUAGAUUUAAAGAGCGUUCAACUGCUUGGUGGAACGUACAAAGACAAGGUACAGCCGGAUAUGGAGGAGCUGACAGACAAUGCUGAAGAACCUGAUGAAGCUGAAAGUAAACAAAGCGAGGUCAAACUUGGAAGACUGCAGUACAAGCUUGAGUAUGACUUCAACUCGAACAGCUUGGCAGUGACAGUAAUCAAGGCUGAAGAUCUACCGGCCUUGGAUAUGGGCGGUACUUCAGAUCCUUAUGUAAAAGUGUAUCUACUUCCUGACAAGAAAAAGAAGUUUGAAACUAAAGUUCACAGAAAGACGUUAAAUCCAGAAUUCAAUGAGACCUUUACAUUCAAAAGUGUACCUUAUGCAGAUGCGAUGAAUAAAACUCUAGUUUUUGCUAUCUUCGAUUUUGAUAGAUUUUCAAAACACGAUCAAAUUGGAGAAGUAAAAGUUCCAUUGUGUCAAAUUGAUUUAGCUCAAACGAUUGAAGAAUGGCGAGAACUGCAAAGUGUUGAAGGAGAAGGUGGACAAGACAACAAACUUGGUGAUAUAUGUUUCUCUCUGCGUUAUGUUCCAACUGCUGGAAAACUUACAGUAGUUAUCCUUGAAGCGAAAAAUCUGAAGAAGAUGGAUGUCGGUGGUCUUUCAGAUCCAUAUGUUAAAAUUGCUUUGAUGCAAAAUGGAAAACGAUUGAAGAAAAAGAAGACUUCUAUCAAGAAAUGUACUUUAAAUCCUUACUAUAAUGAAUCAUUCACUUUUGAAGUACCCUUCGAACAGAUACAAAAAGUGAAUCUAAUGGUUACUGUAGUGGAUUAUGACCGUAUUGGAACAUCGGAACCUAUUGGCAAAGUCAUACUUGGCUACAAUGCAAGUGGCACUGAAUUGAGACAUUGGUCAGACAUGUUGGCGUCACCAAGACGACCAAUUGCUCAGUGGCAUACGCUCAAGGAUCCUGAAGAUGGUGAUAAGAAAGACUAAAAACAUUCCGUUGAAUCUUAGAGAGUGUAACCUUUUGACAAAUAUUCUCCAGAAAUAAUUGGUAGAUAGUAUUUAUAAAAGAGCGUUUUUUUAGGAAAAUAUUACAACAUCUUAAACCAAAAAAGGGAUAAUACUUUGAAGGAUCUUAAGCCGAUGCGAUAAUAAUAAUCGCCGAUAAAUAUAAUCAAGAACUGUUAAAUUACUAGAUAAAAAAUAAUCAUUUCAGCACAUAUUAAUUUUAUAGUUAAAAAAAAAAAUUAAUUCAUGUUGUGAGUGAUUUUUUUAAAGAUUAUGAAAUGGUUUAAUCGAUAAACAAAAUAUAUUAAUUAUCAUAGGUUUAAUAAUUAUUGUUAUUAUAAUCGUACAGAUUAUUUUCUUUUGUUAUCAAGAGUAAAAUACUCUCGUUCACAAUGUCUUCGUACGCUACAAUAAUUAAUGAAAAAAGAUUAUAGAUUUAUUGUACAGGUCGUUCGCGUUUUCGAAGUGAGAUGACGUUCCUUAAUAUGUAUAUGUCGGAAUCUUUAGAAGAAAUCGAUUUAAAUGCUUAUUAAAAUAUAAAUAUAUAUAUACAUAAAAUAUUCUUCAUGUCAUGAACAAACAACGAGAAUUAUUAAAUUAUACUUAAUAAUUAAUAAUGUAAUUAACAGAACCAACUUUUAAAUAUUAUUGUCUAAGCUUCGAGACGCGAAAGUCCAUUUAAUUAUCAUUAAAAAAAAAAGUUGUAUGUAUAUAGAAAAAAUAUAUGCAUAUAAUUGCUGAAAAUUCAUAAAUUGAAAUAACAAAUUGUAACAAAUAUCAUUCAAUAAUAGAUAAUAUUAUUAUUGUUAAUUGUCAAGGGUUUUCUGCUAUUUCCCUUUCUUAAAAAAAAUAAAUCAAAUAGGCCUAUUCAUUUAGAAUAUGUUACGCUAUUCAGGUGUAUAAUGAACUUUAUCAAAACAUUUUCAAAGUACUUAAAAAAGAUUGAGAGACAAAUAUUGAGUAAGGAUAUGCUUUUAUGUUGCUCUAAAUUGUGUUCUUUUCAAUUGAGGAAUUGAGUUAUGUAAAUAAAAUAUUCUAUAUAUAAAAUGUUUCUUUGAUGUGAAAAUGAAAAUGUAAAAUGAAAUGAAAAAAUCAAUGUUCUGUAUUGAUAGAAAAUGGGAUUCUUUUUUCAAUUAUGUCAAUUGAAUUUACAAUGAAAUAUUUAACAAAAGAAUAUUUAAAAAAUUGUCUCUUAUUCUUUAAAUUUUAAUUAUCAGUGAUGCUUUAAAUAUGAAUGAAAUGGAGUUUGUAAAUAUUACUCCAAAUAACAAAGUCCUAAAAAAUCAAGUUGUACCUUAUUGAACCUAAUUUCUCAUUUUCUCAAGAGAUUUUGAGGAAUUUUAAUUCUCCUGCUGAGAGAAAGAAUUAUUCUUCCUACAAAAAAGCACCAAAGUCAUUAUUUAUAAACAUUCAAUUCAAUUAAUAAAAUAAUUAUUUAACUUUUAAAAAUUUGAUUAAGAAAAUUAUAUUUUAAAAAUUUGCUCAAAUAUUAAAAUUACAUUCAAAAAAAUAUUUUUAUCAAACAGUAUAAUUUUUUUUCUCAGUAAAAAAAAAAUGUGAACAAAAAUAAAAUCGGCCUUCUUAAUGCGUUGAAGCGUCGUCCGAAUAUUUCUUACUCACACGGACAAUAUAAUAAAAUAGAUGUACGCGCAUGCAUUACGAAUUAAGAGAUGUGAAAAGCCAUUUUCUCAAUGCAACGUUAUAAUCAUUAUCAUCACAGGUAUUAAUGUUGUUGAUUACUAUAAAAAAAAGAAAAUAACAAUAAUAAUAAUAAUAAUAAUAAAAAUCAUUUAAAUCUGUUCAUAAAUAUACAAGGAACGAAAUAAAAAUAUCUAAGGAUUCUUCGAUAAUAAAAAAAAAGCGUUAAUAAGUAUACACUGAUAUCACAAUCCAUGAAAAUAAAUAACCGUAUGAAAAAAUCAGAUUAUUGAAGAACAAUUUUUCAACGUUAUUUUAAUAAUAGGACAUGCACAAGACGUUGUUUUGUCCCCUGUAUCUUUCGCUUUGUUGCUCUUUGGUACCAUAAAAGCUUGAACGCUUUAUAUGUUCUCCAGCAUAUUCCAACACAGAUGAGGUAGAGGCUGAAAAAUGUCUUCAACUUAAAAUCAAUAGAUAAAAUGAAUGGAUACAAAAAUCAGAACGGUAUCAAUACAUGGUAAAUGCGAAAGAGAUACACUGAUAUAAAUAAUCAAUUACGACUCAUAACAAAAAAAAGAAAACAUUUCAUAUUUAUUUUUAUGCUGUCAUUUUACUUAAAAUUGAUAUAUUUAUAAACUUUUAGUUGAUUAUUUCAGAUCAUAUUUCAACAUUACAUUUUAUAAUUAGUAUUGUUACUCAUGAUAAAAAGCUUUACGAUUAAUUAUUAAAUGAUUUACACGAAGACAGCGGCGUCGAAUCAAACGAGAUCGAAAGAUAUGCACGCAUUGUUAUAAUUUAUCAUCAUUAUUUUUAAACGUGCUAUAUUAAUUUUAUUUAUUUGUCAUUUUGUUUAUCAUUUUGUUGCAUUGUGUGUUAUUAUAAAUGUUGGAUUACAUUAAUUAUUAUGAAAAAGCCUCGCAUUAUCAGAGGCAAGUCCAGCAGAAGAGUACCUCAGAGUGUAUAAUAAAUAAAAUGAUAUAUGGCACUACAAGUGUAUAUAGAGUUAUAUAACUGUCUGGUCCGUAAAGUGUUUAUAUAAAAAAAGAAUAGAUAGAGUAAAAUAUAUUGCACGCAUCUGCACGCAUAUAUCUAUUGAAUGUUUGAAUAGAGUGCCUUUAAUUAUUUUUAUUAUUCUUUCGCUAAAAAGUCGACUCGGCAUUUUUAAUCGACGUCACUGUCCUCAACGUCGAGAAUAAAACAAAAAAGAUUAAGUAAUUAAAUAAAAUAAAUAAUUAUCAUAAGUAAUUAUUAUUAUUAUAUCAUCAUCACGACAAAUAGAAGACAAAGGAUGUAAUGCACCCCAUAAAUUAUAAAUGAUAUCAUAAUGUAACGUAUCAUCUACUUACAUAAACAUAUUCCUGCGACAAUUAAUCAUUAUAAAAUUUCGUUAGUCUAGUCUGAUGAUCAUUCCUGCAAUUUUCAUAUAUAUUAUCAUCGACGUUCGAGUAUCAUUAGGUGUCAUUAGUGAUCAUUAUCAUUAGAAAUCAAAUAAUUAUCUAGAUGAGUAAUAAAGUGUGUCGUUGAUCGACGUGAAGUAGACAAAGAAAUAAAAAAUAAAAUGAAGUGAAAAUUGUGACUAUUAAAUGAGAAAUGUAAAAGUUGAUGUAGAUGUAGUAAUAGGCAAUUCAUGUGUAUAUUAAUAAUUCUAAUCCUCAUCUCAUAGUUUAUUCAUUUAUGUUUAAUCAAUGAUUAACCUUUAAGUAAUUUAGUCAAGAGAUUACCAUUUUUAAUUGAUCAUAGUGUAACACGAUAAAAAAUUUAACAUUUUAUUGAUGAUUCUUUUGAUCUAUCAAUAAUAUAACACCAUUAGACACUGGUAGAAGAACAUCGUUAAAGAAUACAGAGACAUUCGAAUGAUUCCAGCGUAAGAAUUAACAUAAUUAUUGAAUUUGUAGAAGUAGAAUUUCAUCAUUAAGGCACUUCUUCAUAUUUUAUGCACUUCGAUUGUCAUCGUAAUAAUUGUUGAGUAAUAAAUGAUAUGACUUUUAUUAAAAUCUGAACGACAGUGCCUUCCUGUAUUCAUUAGCGAUGUUUAGGAGCAAUUUUCUAAAAGCACCACCAUAAAAGCAUAUAAAAUUAAUCGCUAGAAUCACAUAUUUAUUUUUUCAAUAUUUAUCACUGAAUUUUAACUCUUCAUAAAUGAAAAAUAACUCGGUAGAAAAUACUCAAGACUUUGGCUUGCGAACGAAAAUCAUUGGAAUAUAUCAACAACUUGCAUUAAUAUUAUUUAAUAAUUUGUAUUAUGAAAAUUAUGCAACACUAUACAUUGUAAAUCUAUAUAGAAGUUAUGAUUAUUAUUCUUAUUAUUAUCAUAUUGUAACGAUUAUGUAAUAAAUAUUGUUGUUAACAUAAAAACAUAUUUUCCGUUGCUGAUUCGUCGAAUUUUUCUAACAGAUUGUAAUUUUAUUUUUUGCAUACAAUCUACUCGCAGGAUGAUUUCUUUUUGUCAAACCGUGGGGCCGACAACUUUCGUACUUGUGUAGAUUAUAUCGACGAAAUGUUAUUAAUUGAUUUUAAUAACUGUGAUGACA